AAAAGCGCGGGAACAACCGAUGUAGGCGAGAACGAAGUGCGGUUUCUCUAUCCCACUGAUUCUCGGCGACCGAAAACUGUUGAAGCACACUCACAACCUUCGCACCCUGACGAAUUGCGCCUCGUGGAUCCUCCCCCCGAGGUGAAGAUGGAAUAUCAAGAAAUUUGGCAGCACUUUGAAGAUUCGCUCAGGAAAAGCUACGAUCUUGCUCACGGCGAGGGAGAUGGAAUAGGCACGUUACAGCUCGCGACAGGUGACGAAGGUGAAUUGGUGUGCCAGCUGCGCGAGCACGGAAAGCGCACCUCUGCAGUGCUGUCAGGGUUGAGGAACACGAUUCGAAGCAUGACUGAAGACGCGUCGCCCGCAGGUGCGCGAAUUUCCGCUGUCGGUUUGACGCUGAACUUGACGCCCGCAAAGAUCAUCCGGUGGCUGCUCAAGGUCCAGCUUGAUGCGAUAUCAGGGAACAAUCUACAACGGGACCAGCAUGCGCUUGCUAAAAUACUAGUGAAAUAUGCAGAAGCGAUGCGUUCUCUGCAACGCACUCGUCGCUGUCUGCGCUUGUUGCAGAAAGGUAAGAAUCGAAGCCAUCUUUUUUUUACAGCGCCAUGUACAUGAUGCUGUGCGCCGACCUUUAUGUCACAAACGAGGCGGACUUGCACUCGCAAGAGCAACACCGUUUCAGCUAUGGUCUCUCUACCUCAAUAUCUAGCAACAUAUGGUGCAGCCAUGACCCACUUUUCGACUUCAUGUGUAUAAUUUUUGAAACUCGUCUGUCAGGUUGGACGGCCCACUUGCUACGAGAGUUGGAGAAUCCUGGAGGUCAUGGCUGGAGCCCUGCAGAGUACCCUGAAUUUUUGGCGUUUGAAGUGGACAACGAUUUGUGCAUUCGCGAGAACCAAGCAGCAGUAGCGUUCCACAUGCUUGAGAGUCCCGCUGGAAACACCCUCACGCAGCUGAACAUGGGCGAGGGCAAGUCCGCUGUGAUUAUGCCAAUCAUUCUCGCAGUGGCUGCGCGUCCGCAGAGUCAGAACAUCGUCCGCGCCACGGUUUUGCAUUCACUGUAUGCAACGAACGCGGCUGCGUGGCAAAACGCUCUCGGUGGAGUUCUGGGUCGCCGGGUACAUGGCCUCUAUUGUCGCCGGGAUCUGCCACUAGAUGCAGCUGAAGCGAAGGCGCUCCGCUCCUUGUUGUUGCAAGUUCACAAGAGGGGCGACGUUGUCGUCACUGUGCCCGAGCACCGACUCUCCUUGGAAAACAAAGCCAUUGAAUUGGGCUCCGAAGAGAGCAUUCAUCACGACCCAGAUGCCGCGGAGAAGCUGUUGGACGUGGUGGACUUGCUUGCGAAGCAUGGUCGCGAAUUUUUGGACGAGAGCGACGAGAUUUUGUCGCCGAAGUAUCAGCUCAUUUACACUCUAGGUGCCUCGGCGGAGGUCGACGGCGGAGCUUUGCGGUGGGCCGUGCACUCAGCAAUCAUCCGGAGCGUCGGACGUCACGCGAAGAGUUUGCAGGAAAAGUA